UACUAAUUGUAUAAAAGUAGUUGUAUUUAAAUUAGCGCUUGCAGUCUGCCUUCGAAUUUUAUUCGAAAUGCUUGUGAAAUCGUACAGAUAGAACAUUAACGUACUAGGUUUCAUUGGACCUACACAGUGACUAUUGGAUUUUUUGCCGAUUUAUCAAAAUGCCGCCUCAGGGUCAAGAUCGCGAGUCCUGGGUUCUGUACGAGACCGACGACAAGACGCAAGAUGGUGGCACUCACGUGGUGCCUCCCUCCGCCGAGAAAAGAGUGUGGAAAAUCGUCUGGAGGAAUGUCAUCGCAUUUGCUCUGCUCCACAUCGGAGGCGUUUACGGCGCUUAUUUGUUCCUCUUCAAAGCUAUGUGGCUGACCGAUUUGUUUGCGGUAUUUCUGUACCUGUGCUCCGGCCUGGGCGUCACUGCGGGCGCGCACCGGCUGUGGGCACACAAGUCGUACAAGGCGCGGCUGCCUCUCCGCCUGUUGCUUACUGUCUUCAACACCAUAGCUUUUCAGGAUGCCGUGAUCGACUGGGCUCGCGACCACCGCCUGCACCAUAAGUACUCGGAGACGGACGCCGAUCCCCACAACGCAACAAGGGGGUUCUUCUUCUCCCACAUUGGCUGGUUGCUCGUCAGGAAACACCCACAAAUCAAGGAGAAAGGGCCCACCAUCGACCUGAACGACUUGAGGGCCGAUCCCGUACUCCACUUCCAGAAGAAAUACUAUUUAUACCUUAUGCCCUUGGCAUGUUUCGUCAUGCCCACAUUAGUACCUACACUCUGGGGUGAAUCUCUAUGGAACGCGUAUUUCGUAUGCGCUAUCUUCAGAUACAUAUAUGUUCUAAACGUCACUUGGCUCGUAAACUCAGCUGCGCACGCUUGGGGAAGCAAACCGUACGACAAAAACAUCAACCCUGUGGAAACCAAGCCUGUAUCCUUGGUGGUCCUUGGAGAAGGCUUCCACAAUUACCACCACACUUUCCCGUGGGAUUACAAGACUGCCGAAUUAGGAGAUUACUCUUUAAACUUCUCCAAAUUAUUCAUCGAUGCUAUGGCAAAAAUAGGUUGGGCUUAUGACCUGAAAACGGUCUCUCCUGAUGUGAUCGAGAAGCGUGUGAAGAGGACGGGAGACGGCAGUCACCACGUCUGGGGCUGGGACGACAAAGACGUCCCGGUUGAAGAAAAAGAAGAAGCCACCAUCUUUAACCCUUCGAAAGAUGAAUAACCUAGUGAUUUGGGACUAAUAUUAUUUAGUUAGAAACGCUGUUCCAAUUUUAAUAUACCACAGAAAUUAUGAUUGGUUGGCUUGUAUUUAUUUAUUUAUUAAAGAAAUGUCCUUGCUAAAAAUAAGUUCUGCAGGAGAUUGUCAUCUCCUUCUCCUCCGCGUAUUUAUUUUAAUUAUUUGUUAUAAUUAAAUUUGUUUUACAUUU